UAUAACUGUUGCAGGCCGAGCAUGAGCCUGGGUUGGUCAUUGGCGAGUUGGGUGGUGUGUGUGUGGCGGGUGUCGCUGUGUCCCAGGGAAAAGUUCCUCCGCAAAGGAGGAGCAGUAACUCCGGGACGCGUUCCCGAGGCGGGGCGGUCCCUCCCUGCGCCGUCCUUGAGCUGUUCGUGGCGCGCUGCUGCCCGCCCGUGAGUGCCGGGCCCGGGCUUUAAAUGGGAACCGCAUUGCUGCCCCCGUGUGCCUCAGCUUUCCGGCCGCUAUAGCGUUUCCUUGGGAUCGGCUGAAGUGUAGGGCGCGAUGUCCCAGGCGCUGGCGAAGGAGGUCCCGCAGCAGGAGGGCGAGGGCGGCUCCCGGAGGAGCGGCUGGGGCCUGCUGGUCACGGCCGGUGUGGGAGGCACCUUGGUGGCCCUCUAUGCUGUGGCCACCCCCUUCGUGACCCCGGCCCUGAGGAAGGUGUGCCUGCCCUUCGUUCCUGCCACCACCGCUCAGAUCCAGAAUGUGCUGAAAAUGCUGGAAAACAGAAGUGGCUCCCUAGUUGACAUUGGUAGCGGGGAUGGCCGCAUUGUGAUAGCAGCUGCAAAAAGGGGAUUCCAGGCUGUAGGUUAUGAAUUGAAUCCCUGGCUAGUCUGGUACUCCAGAUACCGUGCCUGGAGAGAUGGAGUACAUCAGAACACCAAAUUUUAUAUUUCAGACUUAUGGAAGGUUUCUUUUUCUCAUUAUAGAAAUGUUGUUGUUUUUGGAGUACCUCAAAUGAUGCCACAGCUGGAGAAGAAGCUAGAAGAAGAACUUAAAUGUAAUGCCAGAAUCAUUGCCUGUCGCUUUCCUUUCCCUUGCUGGAUUCCAGAUCAUACUACUGGAGAGGGAAUAGACACUGUGUGGGCCUACGACUUGAAACAUUCUAGAGCACGUGAAACAAAAAGCUUGGAAAUAACACUAGAGACAGAAUCUUAAACAUUGAAUUUGGAUUUUUACAGAAAUUUUUAGCUUUGACUGGACCUGUUGAAGAUGAGAUUAACAUGGAGAGAGCCCUGGCAUAUGAAGAUGUGUAUGCACUAUAAGAACUGAAGUACUGUGGCUGUCUGAACGCACACAAAGGUUACUGAAAGGUGUAGUUAAAUGACUUAAUAUGAUGUCCUGGUUUAACUCCAUCUAGCAGUGGAGUACCAUGUGGAGAUUCUCAGUUCAGUCAAAGAGAAUUCUCCCAGGCUUCAUGCCUGGGAAACUUAAAGAGGAAGAAUGAAAACAAUUAUUAUCUCUUUCUGUUCAUGUUGUUUAUAUAUAUGUACCUUCAGAGUGUGCUAUUCAUAGUUAACCAAUAAUGUGAAAGGUUUUUGCUUUGAGACCAAUCAAAUUUCACCUUAGCAAUCCUGGUUAUAAAAGGAAGUGUCCUUUUCACUACCUCUUAAUAAAAACUCUCUUUUUCGCCUUUUGAGCCAUGGA